AUGUUCAGCUACGAUGAGUUGGUGUGGACAAUAUCUUUUCCUGUGUUCUGCUCACUUGUGAUGUGGCUUUCGAUAGCCCUCGCACUGCUGGUGCGCUCGGUGCGAGGCCGCGAGCUACGAAAAAAUAUACGCGACUCUAUACUGCGAAUAGAAAGUCGGGGGACAACUGUGCCCGGCUCUCUUCGCCGCAACAGCAAGGCCAUCCUGCGACGUGCGGUUGUGGUGGUGGGCGGCGACUUUGCCCGCUCACCGCGCAUGCAGUAUCACGCGGCGAGCCUAGUCAAGUGUGGCCUUUUUGAUGGCGUGAUUUUGGUGGGAUUUGACAUGGGCAAUGCUCUGAUAGAGGAUCUCCAACCAAGCAAGGGCGGCAGCACGGAGGAAGAGGGGGAGUGCGUUGUAGACACCACCUACUUGAUCCCGCCCGUGACGCCGCCUUCGUGGUUCCGUCGCGUCUUUCGCCACCCUCGGGUGUACUGGGUGGCGUCCACCGUCUAUCGUGCCUGCAUCUGUGCCGUAGUAUUUGCUUGGUCGCUUAUAGCUGCCUUACUCAUGGUAGUGAAUGCCCGCGGACAACUGCUGCUUGUGGACCUUGUGCUCGUUCAAUCGCCCCCAGCAGUGCCUUUUGUGCCUGUCAUCAAGUACGUCGUCCGCCCAUGCGUGUUGCUGAUAAAUGCGGUUACGUACUACGGUUUCAUUGUCCCUGUUUCAUGGAUGAUGUGCGAUGCACUUGGUGAAAUUCGCGGGGGCCUAAAGUUACAAAAACAGCUGGUUCUAGGAAACAAGAGCGAUAUCGCGCCCUCGCGGUUUGUAAUCUGCCCGGCUCUUAUCGUAGAUUGGCACAACUUUGGCUACACCAUUCUACAAAGCGACCGCCGUCCAUCCCUGGCCGUCUGGGUUUACCGGAUGUUUGAGUGUCACUGCUGCCUUGGCGAUCGCAACGUGACGGUUAGUAAGGCGAUGCAGAAGGCUCUUCGCGCCCUUCAAGGUCAACCUGCGAAUCGGCUAGGCGAGACACAGUCAUUGAAAACAAACCAGGCGGCAGUGCUAUACGACACGCCCCCUGCCUUUUUUGGUCCGGUGUCACGGGCUCGUUUUGUGCAGGAAGUCCUGCGUCCCAUUUUGGAGUCGACUCGCGAAGAUGCGAAGGAAGUCAUGGGGCUCUCGCCACCGCCGGCGUGGGUGAUGGAGGCGGAGUCCCACGACGACACCGCCGCAAACGGCAACCUCAAAGGACUGUUUGUGGUGGCUGCCACUAGCUGGACCGCCGACGAUGACUACAGCAUGGUGGUGGAAGCGCUUGCCCGCGUCGAUAGGCUCUUACAGCAGCGACAGAAUGGCACAGCGUCGCUUGUUUUGAAGCCAAUCUGGCUGCUCGUCACAGGCAAAGGUGUGUCACGGGAGCGUUUUGAAUGCGCGGUUGCGGCGGCCCUUCUCUCCCCGCUCGUAACUGUGACAACCAUGUAUUUUCAAUCGUAUUUGGACUACGCCGCGGCCCUUGGUGCAGCGGAUGUUGGCCUCUGCCUUCACCACUCCUCCAGCGGUUUGGACUUGCCCAUGAAGGCGGUGGACAUGCUGGGUUCGGGUCUUCCUGUUGUGGCUCUGCGGUAUGAGGCGCUUCCGGAACUACUGGACGAAAAACGUGGCUGGCUAUUCAGCAACGCGGAGGAACUGGAGAGGAUCCUGUGGCGUCUUGUCCAGGGAGAUUCCGACAGUGACGCGGGGUCCGUGAAACAAAAGCGUCUUCACGUGAUGCAGCGUCGCGACGAAACGUGGGACGAGCGUUGGCGCUCCGUGGUCCUGCCCUUGCUGCAGGAUCUGCUUUGA